CCUUACCCUGCGCCGGCGGCGUCCCUCGAUCUCGCUUCGGUUGGGCUCUGGCGGAUUGUGUCGGCCGGCUCCCCAGUGCCCCUCUUCGGCAUAGCGGGCAGGACUGCUAUUCUGUCAGCGGUGCCGAGUCCGCCGAGUGCGGCCCUUGGGCUCAGGUGACUUUCUGCGUAGGAAACGCUUGCUGGCAUCCUGGCUUCAGUGGCUUGGGGAGGAGCUCUGAAGAGAUCACUUUCUAUUUAAAGAUGGCUGCUGAUACCUCUGUUGAAAUACUUCAAAAAGUUCUGGAGAAUGAAAUACUUCAGACUACCAAGGUUGUGGAAGAACAUCUUGAUGCUGAAAUCCAGAAGCUGGACCAAAUGGAUGAGGAUGAAUUGGAAUGCCUUAAACAAAGAAGACUUGAGGCUCUAAAGAAGGCCCAGCAGCAGAAACAAGAGUGGCUUUCAAAAGGACAUGGAGAAUACAGAGAAAUCCCAAGUGAGAGAGACUUUUUCCAAGAAGUCAAAGAAAGUAAAAACGUGGUUUGCCAUUUCUAUAGAGAGACAACAUUCAGGUGCCAAAUAAUGGACAAACAUUUGACUGUAUUGGCAAAAAAGCAUGUUGAGACAAAAUUCUUGAAAUUAAAUGCUGAAAAAUCUCCUUUCUUGUGUGACAGACUGCGCAUCAAAGUAAUACCUACUUUAGCAUUAGUAAAAGAUGGAAAAACACAAGACUAUGUUGUGGGCUUUACUGAUCUUGGCAACACUGAUGACUUCACUACAGAAACCUUAGAAUGGAGAUUAGGCUGUGCAGACAUAAUUAAUUACAGUGGAAACUUGAUGGACCCACCUUUUCAAAGUCAAAAGAAAUUUGGAGCAAGCUUUACAAAGUUGGAUAAGAAGACUAUCCGAGGAAAGAAAUAUGAUUCAGAUUCUGAUGAUGACUAGAAGAACAGCUAAAUAAAUCAUUUUUUCUUUAUGCUUGGUACAUUUCUAAGAAUGUUUUUUAUAAAGCUUACAGCUUUUCAUUACAUCUGCACAUAAUGCUCAUUUUUCUAUACAGUUUUAUACAGUUGAGUCAUAGCAGGGAAAAAAGCUUAGAUAUUUUUUUUUUUUCCCCUCUUUUGGAAGUCAUUUGUAAAUAAAAAAAAUUUGAGUCCUUCUAAUUAAAUAAUGUGGCAAAUGAUGAACUUUUUCUCAAGUGUAAGUUUAUGAAGUGUUUUGAAGUAACUGUAGAAACAACUGUACCAAGUCAGGCCAAAGGUCCUUCUGGCCCAGCAUCCAGUUUCAGUGGCCAAAAGCAGAUGCACAAGGAAGAGUCAAAACAGGGUGAGCAGAUAGUGCUUCCCCAGAAUAUACUUAAAGCAAUGUGUGUCUUUGGGAAGUCUGUAUCUGAAAGCAUUUCCUGGUUAAAACAAUGGAAGAAAAACCUCUUGAAAUCCUCUUAACUAUCCUGGCAUCGACAUCAUAUGGCACAGAGUCCACAUUUCAACUGUGUUGUGUGAAGAACUACUUCCUGUUGUUUUCUUUGACUCUGAAAAUACCAGGUUUUUGCUAAUUUUCUUUGUUAAAGGAGAUGAUAGAUACUACUUUAAAAAAUAUUUUUCCUUAUCAAUUCCUCUUCUAGUUUUCUUUUUAAAUUUACAUGCUGCUUACAAGUUAAGCGCCACAAAAUUAUUAGUAAAGGAAUUGUGGAUUUUACCAAAUGAUUGCUUAUCUUAUGGUGCCAUAACAUGAUACUGAAUAACUUAACUAUGUUGCACUGUAAGUUGGAAAAACAGUCAUAACUUUGUGAAUUCUGAAGUAGGUGGCUGAGAGAAAUGCCCUUUUACCAUCCAUGUAUGCUGCAUGUUGAAGCUGAUACAGCAGGUAAUAGAGCAUAGCAGCAAGCCUAUUAAAAACAGCCUUGUUCAUGGUUUGUAUAACGCUGUGGUUUUGACCGUGUGGCUUUUGUAGCAGAUGCUUUGUACAAGAGAGUAGAUUAAAGUGUUUGGGAGAAACCUUGAUCCGUUAAGUUUAGAUGUAGUGCCACAUACUGUGUCCUGUUCUUCGGUAAGGGACGGAGUUUUCAAGCAAGAUCUUCCUUGGAGCACAAUGUAAAAGUUUUGGCUAGGUGAAGAACUGAUGAAUUUUGUUUGCCAUGUGCUUAAGAAUUCUUUUGAGGGUGGUACUUUGAAUCCAGUUGGUCCAUAAAGCAGUGAGGUGGGUCUGCUCAGUCUUGCUGCCUUGUAGUUGAGAUCAGAUGUGAUUGGGCCAGCCCAGCAAUAUAUCUCUGUAAGUAAGUUUUUUUAAAAGUACAUUUUAUUUCUGUUCAUGUACAUUGAAAUAAAAUUAAUUCUAAUGUUGACUUUUGCAUCCUUUUGAAGAGGGUGGUCUAGAUGCUAUGGGCUUUUUCUUUUAAUAAGGCCCAUGAGAAUGUUGCAUGUGCUCUUUGUAGUUUUCUAGUAAACUACAUACUGUUCUGUCUAAUGUUAUGAC